AUGGCAGCCAACGCCCUCAACCGCAUCUACACCUGGGCCGUCCCCACCGCCAUCGCCGCCUCCCUCGCCUCCGCCUCCAUCUACGACGUCAAGGGCGGCCAGCGCGGCAUCAUCUUCGAUCGUCUACGGGGUGUGAAUGACGAUGUGGUGAACGAAGGCACGCAUUUCCUGGUCCCCUGGCUGCAGCGAGCGAUCAUGUAUGAUGUGCGGACCAAGCCGAGGAGCAUCUCGACCACGACGGGAAGUAAGGACUUGCAGAUGGUGAAUCUGACGUUGAGGGUGUUGCAUCGGCCGGAGGUGUCGAUGUUGCCUACGAUUUAUAAGAACCUCGGCCAAGACUACGACGAGCGCGUCCUCCCCUCCAUCGGCAACGAAGUCCUCAAAUCUGUCAUCGCCCAAUUCGACGCCGCGGAACUCAUCACGCAGCGCGAAGCCGUCAGCAACAAAAUCCGCUCCGACCUCUUCAAGCGCGCCAACGACUUCAACAUCGCGCUCGAAGACGUGAGCAUAACCCACAUGACCUUCGGGCGCGAAUUCACCAAAGCGGUCGAGGACAAGCAGAUUGCGCAACAAGAAGCUGAACGGGCGAGAUUCAUCGUGGAGAAGGCUGAGCAGGAGCGGCAGGCGAAUGUUAUUCGAGCUGAAGGGGAGAGCGAGGCCGCGGAUGUGAUUUCCAAGGCUGUGGCGAAGAGCGGGAAUGGGUUGAUUCAGAUCAGAAGGAUUGAGACGCAAAGGGAUGUCGCGCAGAUGUUGGCGAAUAAUCCUAAUGUUACUUACCUGCCUGGUGGAGGAAAUAGUGGGGAGGAGGGCGGUGGGAAGGGUGGGAAUUUCUUGCUUGGGUUGAGGUCGUAG